AUGACGCACCCUGCUACGCAGGGUACCGCGGGCCCAGAAGUGCAGGGAAGCGCACAGGCGUGCGGGGCUGCCGUCCGGCCCAGCGGGGUGCCCAGUGCGGCCUCCACUGACUCUUCCCCGGACGGAGCACGAACCUCCGUCUUGAAGAGGCACCAAAUUGCCCAGGGCCGCUGCUGGGCAGUUCCCAACUUGGCAGCUCGCUCUCCGUUCCAGAUCACCGUGUACGACCAAGAAAACUUCCAGGGCAAGAGGAUGGAGUUCACUUCGGCCUGUCCAAACAUCAUGGAGUGCAGCUUCGACAACAUCCGCUCCCUGAAGGUGGAAUGCGGCGCCUGGGUUGGUUACGAGCAUACCGGCUUCUGCGGGCAGCAGUUCACCCUGGAGAGGGGCGAGUACCCCCGCUGGGACGCCUGGAGCGGCAGCAACGCCUACCACAUCGAGCGCCUGAUGUCCUUCCGCCCCAUCUGCUCUGCUAAUCACAAGGAAUCCAAGAUCACUGUCUUUGAGAAAGACAACUUCAUUGGCCGCCAGUGGGAGCUAAGUGACGACUACCCUUCGCUGCAGGCCAUGGGCUGGGCCAACAACGAAGUGGGCUCCAUGAAGAUCCAAUGUGGCGCCUGGGUUUGCUACCAGUAUCCUGGGUACCGUGGCUACCAGUACGUCCUGGAGGCAGACCACCACGGAGGAGAUUACAAGCACUGGAGAGAGUGGGGUUCACACGCCCAAACCUGCCAGAUCCAAUCCAUCAGGCGCAUCCAGCAGUAGCUACCUGAGCGCCUGGCUCCCCACUUUCGAGUACAUCUUUGCAAGGUUUCUAAAGCUCACCGGCUCCCUUUUGGUGCUAAUACUCCCCUCCUGAAAUAACAACCCCUUUCUUGUACUGCAACUGCUUAUGGAACAACACUCCUAAAUGGUACCAACUGCCACAAUUGCCAAUAAAUGUGACUGAA